AUGGUGGUUCGAGAAGGAGUUUACUUGCUUGGUGAUGCAUCGCUUGGAUCUAACAUUUUUGUGCGUCAAUGUUAUCGUGACUUUGCCAAGGUGAUUUUCGCGGAUGAUAAUGUUCGUAGCUGGUGUAUCGCGGGUAACCCGGGAGUCGGGAAAAGCUUACACGCUACAACAAACUGUGAUCUUGCAACAAUAUCAGUUGGCUCCUAUCUUAUUCUCCGAUGGAAACGUGUCAAUCUUUUCACAUUAAGAAAGAUACAAACCAUAAAUUGGUGCACAAAAGUUCCCGCGCUGCCAGAGGAAAUUGAGCAGGAAAAAUAUGCUGAAGAUGAUGAAAGCAAGGAAGACAGAGAAACAUAUUUUCGUGAGGAUUUACGUCGUUUCCUCACUGUCAACGAAGGUGAAGGCAGUUUAAGCACUCUUCGCGGUCAUAUAUUUGAAACUAUUGCUCAUGCGAAUGGAGGUACAUUUCAAGUGUGGCCUCUGAAUGAAAUUCUGAAGAUGAACAGUUCUUUAAUUGCGGCUCCGACUUUGGUAUUUUCAGAUAAUACUCAAAUUCAAGCUGGGAAAUAUUGUCGUCCCCAACAAAAGCAAUAUGAAUCGAUUGAUUCGUUAAUUUCCCCUGAUACCCUAUUUCAGGUGGCAAACGAUCAAAUUCGUCUCUAUUUUGUCAUUCCCCUGGACAGUUUUAUUCAAUUUAAAUGCCAACCGUAUCUCAGAGCAGAUGGCCAUGUAGCCAAACGAGUGCAGCCUUGGAUAAAACAUCGGGUGAAGCAAUACUCGCUCAAAGUCGAUUUGAAUCUUGAGAAGGUUCUACUUAGUGCUCAAUAG